AUGUGGCGGUUCUCAACGGUUCGUUUGCCAGCUGUUCGAGCUCACACUUUCUCAACGUACAGCGCAGUUCGCUCCGGUCACAACAAAUGGUCGACGAUUAAACACGACAAAGCCAAGAAUGAUGCUGAACGGAACAAGCUUUUCAACAAAUUUGCCAAUCAGAUAGCAUUGGCGGUGAAACUGGGCGGCGGGUCAACAGACCCGUCUUUGAAUGUGCGUCUGGCAGCGGCAAUCGAGUUGGCAAACAAGAACAAUGUCACGAAACGGGUGGUGGAAAAUGCGAUUCGAAAGGGUUCCGGUGCUACCGGCAAAGAUGGAGCACGUUCCGAAACAUGUACUUACGAGGGAAUGGGGCCCGGUGGGGUUGCUUUUGUCGUGGAGGCGCUAACAGACAACAAGAACCGAACCAUUGGGUUGGUUAGAAGCACUUUCUCCAAAGUAGGCGGCAGCAUGACGCCAACGCUGUAUUUUUUCGAUCGUAAAGGCAGCAUUUUGGUGCAGCCUCCUGCGAAUUUGGUGGAUUUCGACUCUGUGAUGGAGAAAGUGCUGGAGUUGGAGACAGUUGAAGAUCUGGAAGAAGUCCCGCGUGAAGAGCCAUGCUACGAGUCAUUGAAACCAGACUACGGAUCCACGGUCUACGAAGUGAGUUUCGAUCCAACGCAGACCAACCAAGUAGCUUCUAGCUUGAAAGAAAGCGGGUUCUACGUGCACGAUGUCAACAUUGGCUACGUGGCUAAAAACGACAUGAUGGUGGAGGCAUCCAGCGAAGAAACUCAGGCUAAACUUGUCAAGUUCAUGGAACAGCUUGACGAAAUCGAUGAUGUGACGGAUUUUUACUGCAACCUGAAGAAAAUAUGA